AUGUGCACAGGAAGUUGUGCUAAGUGCCUGGGAACCACUCUAAUCCCCCUGGCUGUGCUAUGUACCCUCGCUAACAUUUUAUUGUUUUUCCCUGGAGGAAAAAUUGUUGACGACAAUAUGCACAUAACAAAUGAGGUCUGGUACUUCGGAGGGAUCUUGGGAUCUGGUGUAUUGAUGAUCUUUCCUGCCUUGGUAUUUUUGGGCCUUAAGAAUAAUGAUUGCUGUGGAUGCUGUGGUAAUGAGGGCUGUGGAAAGAGGUUUGCGAUGUUUUCUUCCAUAAUAUUUGCUGCAGUUGGAGUUGCAGGAGCUGGAUACUGCUUUGUUUUGUCAGCAGUAGCCCUAAACAGAGGCCCUAAAUGCAACACUGGGAUAGAGUGGACCUAUCCUUUCAAGGAGGGGGAUUACCUUGCUAACCACACGCUGUGGGACAUGUGUGAGUCACCUGAAAACAUUGUCCCAUGGAACCUUACCCUUUUCUCCUUGCUGCUCAUCAUGAGUGGGAUCCAGGCAGUGCUCUGUGGUAUUCAAGUGGUGAACGGCCUAUUUGGAACAAUCUGUGGGGACUGCAAAUGUUGUGGAUGUUGUGGGGGAAAUGGAACUGUCUAG